AUGGGUCCUGUUAAGAAGAACCUCAAGGCCACCAAGAAAUUCGAAAAGAAGCAUCUCAAGGGAGUCUUGGAUAACAGAAAAGCUUCCGCCAAAGUCAAGCAGCGCCAUCAGAUCAAAGAUAAGAAACAGGCGCGAAAAUCCAAGGAUGCCGAGUUCUACAAGGGGUCCAAGGAUGGCGCCGAUGGCGAGGCCUCGAAACCGAAGGGACCCAAGGGGAGGAAGGUUGCAGACAUGAGUGUCGACGACUUCUUCAAAGGUGGGUUCGACGACAUCAUUGAUAAGUCACCCAAGCUUGGCAAGAGGAAGAGAGAUGGACCCAAGGCCGACGGAGACGAGGUAUCCGAUGAGGAAGACGACUCUGGAUCGUCCGUGGCCGAACAGCCAAUGGGCGACGACAGCGACGACAGCGCGGGCGAGGAUGAAGAUGAGGCUGGAGCCGGAAUGAGCAAGCAGGCAAUGGAUGACCUGGCGAAGAAGGACCCCGAGUUCUACAAGUUCUUACAAGAGAAUGAUCCCGAGGCAUUAGACUUCGACGACAACACCGACCUAGCAGAAAUUGACGAGCUCAGCCCUGGCGAAGAGUCGGAGCAAGAGGAGCAGCCCAAGAAGAAGCGGAAGAAGACAAAGGAGGUUGAGGAAAAGCCAGCCGGUACUCCUGAGCUCACUCGAGAGAUCGUUGCCGUUUGGAAAAAAUCAAUCGAGGAGAAGAACUCUCUGCGUGCAGCCAGACAGGUUGUCCUAGCAUUCCGAUGCGCCGCGCAUCUCAACGAGGACGAUGAGAGUGGCGAGACUGAGCAACGGUGGAAGAUCAACAGCCCAGAGGUCUUCAACGACAUCCUCACACUCGCACUGAAGCACAUCCCUACGGUGAUGAACCACCACCUCCCCGUCAAGGAGUCGUCAUCAGGAAAGGUCUACGUUCAGACGGAAACCAAGAAAUUCAGGACGCUCUCACUCCUUCUCAAGUCAUACACGUCCUCAAUCAUGCACCUGUUAAGCACGCUAUCAGACGAUCGCACCCUCAAGUUGACUCUGUCGUCCCUUGAGCCGGUUCUACCUUAUCUUCUGUCGUUCAAGAAGCUCGUAAAGGCUCUCGCCAAGUCGGUUGUCAACUUCUGGGCCCAGCCUGCGAGCUCCGAGUCGACGCGUAUCACUGCCUUCCUCGUUCUACGCCGCCUGGUGGUCAUUGGUGACAAGGGAAUCCGCGAGACUGUUCUGAAAGCCGCCUACCAAGGACUCGUUCAGGGCUGCCGAACAACCAACCACAACACUAUUCAGGGCAUCAACCUGAUGAAGAACUCCGCCGCCGAGCUCUGGGGUAUCGACCCUAGUGUUGGAUAUACGACCGCUUUCACCUUCAUCCGCCAGCUUGCCAUUCACCUUCGCAACAGCAUUGUGAACAACAAGAACGAUUCAUUCCGCAUCGUUUACAACUGGCAAUAUGUACACUCGCUCGACUUCUGGUCAUGCGUCCUCGCUGAGCAUUGCAGCCCCUUGAAGGAGGCCGAGGCAGGCAAAGAGUCCCAACUCAGACUCCUGAUCUAUCCCCUGGUUCAGGUCACACUCGGCGCUCUCCGACUCAUCCCAACUUCUGCCUACUUCCCCCUUCGAUUCCAUCUCAUCCGCUCCCUCCUGCGCACGUCCCGCGCUACUGGGACCUACAUCCCCCUGGCCUCUCCUCUCCUCGAGAUCCUCACCUCGGCGGAGAUGAAGAAGCCCCCGAAGGCCACCACGCUCAAGGCCUUCGACUUCUCCGUCGCCUACAAGGCACCCAAGUCAUACCUCCGCACCCGCAUCUACCAGGACGGCGUCGGCGAGCAGGUCGUCGAGCUCUUCGGCGAGUACUUCCUCCUCUGGUCCACCUCGAUCGCCUUCCCCGAGCUCGUCCUCCCCGUCAUCAUCCAGCUCAAGCGCUGGCUGAAGCAGUCCCGCUCCAAGUCGCAGGGCAACAACAACGCGAAGCUGGCUUCCCAGCUCGUCAUCCUCGUCCAGAAGCUCGAGGCCAACGCCAAGUUCAUCGAGGAGAAGCGGGCCCGCGUCGACUUCGCCCCCAAGGACCGGACGCAGGUGGAGAACUUCCUCAAGGACUUCGACGUCGCCAAGACGCCCCUCGGCGCGUAUGUCGUCGGCCAACGUAAAUCGAGGGCGCAAAAGGCCAAGAUUCUGGAGGAGGCCCGCAAGGAAGAGGACCAGAAGAGGAGAGCCGAGGAGCGGGGAGCCGAUGCGGGUGACUUUGAAGAGGAGGAUGAGGACGAGGACGAAGAGGAGCUGGAUGACGAAGAGGAGGGUAGCGAGGAAGAGGACGACGAAGAGUAG